AUGGUUCACGUUACCAUAUCAGGGAAGCUCGUCAAGGUGACAAAGACUCUCGCUCAUGCUCUUCAAGAGUUGAGACGUCGAAAGUUCUACAAAGUAUGGGUAGACCGGAUCUGCAUCAACCAAGGCAACCUCGAAGAGUUGGCUCAUCAAGUGGAACGUAUGGGCGACAUUUACCGAUAUGCCUACCGCACCAUGGCAUGGCUUGGGUACUGCCGGGAAUCCGAAAUCGUGGUUUUUGAAAGCGCGCGAUCGCUUGUGAAGUCAUUGGUCGCCUGGGGAGAGGAGGAGCACGAGACAACACCACAACACAAAGACAAGGAGCUCACCGAAAAGACAAAGGCGAUACCUUCAUCUACACUGGAAUUGCAAUCACAAUGGGCGGCGCUGUUGACUGUUUUCCAACGAGACUACUGGAGUCGUGCGUGGAUCAUACAAGAAGUCGCCGUGUCGCCCCAGGUCGAGUUCUUUUGGAAUGGUCAGUCAAUCACGAUAUCGGAGCUGCAAAAGGCGAUUGAUACGUGCAAGGCCUUGGCUUCCAUCACACCGGAAGCGAAGAACCUGACGUGGCGCUAUGCAUUCAAGCACGUCGAUUGUCUGAUGAGUUUCCGCAGGUUUCGGGAAUCGCCUAUCCGUCUCGUCGAGGCACUCAUUCGAUCUAGAAGGGCACUGUGUUCCAAUCCUAAAGACCGGCUGUACGCCUUGAAACAUCUGGCCGCCGACGGGAGAGACACUGUACCGUUCCCAAACUACGGAGAGUCCCUCGAUCUUUUGAACCAAAAGACUGCUUGCCGACUCAUCAAGAUGUACCUCGACGGCGACAUGGUCGUCUUUCCGUGCCACUUUUCGGACACCUGGGUGCCCCAAUGGCACAACCCACAGACUUGGAAUGACGAGAGAAUCAACAAGUACCUGACAGGACAGAGCAACUUUGUGGCAGAACGCUCCAAAGGCGAGUCCGGAUCGAGCACGAUAGUGAAAAAGUGGAAAGCUACGAAGGGUUCCCAAAUAGGCUGUACCCUUAUCCACCACAAUGCAUGGCUCGAGGUGUGCGUCAAGAGAAUCGGCCGCAUCACACAAUGCUCAACAACCGCCGCAGAGGCCAACAGUGCCGGACCCGGCGAGUUGGUUCCGGUUAGCAAGUACGGCGUCAACAAAUCUGAACGCCUCAUUGCGCUCUGCUGGCUUCUGUACGACCUGCUUCCGAACAACAAGUACCCAAAGGCAAAGGCUGUCAAGGUUGAAGAUAUCCACUUUCUUCUGACCAAGUCUGUACGAAAGUCAGUGCGCAAAUCGGUGCCAAAGUUUUACAACUGGCUCUUUUGUCUGCAGAAUCUCCAAUUCAAGAUUGACGGUGUCCCCCUUGCCAACUGGUUUUGCGCAGACUCGGUUAAGUCCAAGACCUACUCCAGGGUUGACGGUGUGAAGAAAGCGAGGCGGUGUUAUUCUUCGGUCCAGAUGGGGAUGCGGCUGUUUACCACCGACCACGACAACCUAGGUUGGGCAACCAGCUCGUGUCAACCGGGAGAUGAGCUGUUUCUGAUGCACGGCUGCAGUGUUCCUGUGGUGCUGAGGAAAAGAUCGGGGAAAGGAAGGUACCAGUUGAUCGGUGACAGCAUUGUGCACGGGUUGAUGGAGGGACAAGGGGUUACUGAUGCAUCAUCCUCAAGCUGGCAAACAUUGUUUUUGAUCUAA